UGUAGUACACAUCUACUGGGUGGUUUUUUCGUGGAUUAAAAUUGAUAAAUAUGUGUUUAAAGCGGCAGCUGGUGCAAGUUGCACAAAAAUGUCCGAUGAAAUGGCGUUGCGGAUAACGUCACGGCAGCUGACAUUAGCCUGCUCUCCCUUUCUACUCGCUUUUGUUUGUAAUUUUCAACAUCUGGUUCGAAAUUUAGACACAAAUCGGCUUAAAAAUAUUGAAAAUUCAGCUUCAAAUAACCGAAUUUUAUCUGCGUCUUUCUACUUUCAACACACAGAGGAAGAGGCGCCGUCUGCAGUGGAGAACUACGAGCCAGGGUCGGUGCAAGUGAUUCUGGACAUACAACUGCCACCACCAAUGCCGCUACCGCUCCCUGAUGUUGAGGCAGUUCCUGCCCUGAAUGCCGAUGGCCUUGCAGCCGAACAACGAGAGCUUCAACCAAUUGCAGCCGAACAACCAGCAGUUGCUGCACUCCAGGCUGAUGAACGUGUUGAGAAUUUGCAGGCAGUUCUAGCCACUCCUGUCCGUCGCGAUGGAGCACGUCCACCUGAAAUGAUUGCCAACCGUAGACGCCAUGGCCCACGUGGCUGGUGUUUUUAUAAUUAUGAACUUAUACUGCGCGACUGGGGGUACAGUGUUGCCCAACAAAUGCUAAUCGAGGCUUACGCAUUCAGUGAGAGAUCAGAAGCGAUUGAAGAGCGAAUAGAAGUGUUACCCAGAUAUCGUGCACGACAUGCGCGUGUUCAAAAACGUUCGGCGUUUCGCCGUUUUCAAGAAGAAGUUCGUACAUUUGGAGAACAGCUCGCAGUUGCCGGACAAGUUGUUGUUGCAGGAGGCCAGCGCUUAGUUGCCGGAAUAUCAGCUGGUGUGGCUGGCGCAUUACGUUUAGCUGCCAGACUCAAUAGACGAUACGGUGUCGCUGCCGGACAGCGCUCAAUGGCCGGACUGCGCUCAAUUGGCGUACAGUGCUCAAUUGGCGGACAGCACACAGGUUCCGGACAGUGCGGACAGCGCACAGCUGUCGUGCAUUUCGGCGCGUCUGAACCACAGGCCCAAGCUGCAGAAGGAACUGCUGCUGAUGCUGUUCCAGCUGCAUCGCCGCCUGCUGCCGCUGCUGAACCACCCGUGGCGGUGGUGCGUCCAAUGCCGCGGAAACGAACUAGCAGAAACUAGCCAAUCACAAUCGAGAGAACAUCCGCAAACAUCCACAAACUUUACACUGAAAAAUGUGGUUACGUUUUUAAAUGUUUUUAUUGAAUGCGUUUUACAUUUGCCUUUUCGGGAUCUGCGCCGUUGCCGGCCGCACAGCCCCAACACAAACUUACAAUUUUCAUUUUGUUAAUGUAAAUCCUUACUUAACAUUCGCCACGAUCGUGUGUCGCGCGGUUUAUGCAUAUUUGUUAUUUAGUUAUCAAAUACAUGAGAGCCGACACAAAUGCAUUUUCCGUACAUUUUCAAUGUACAAGAAGG